GCGUUACACAUGGUCCCGAAUACGCACGAAUACCACACUACCGGGUCCCGGGUUUUGGGAUAAAUAAGCGAGUGGUACGCACGCUUGUUUUAGUCUGACCAUAUUCUUAGCUCAAGUUCGAUCAGCAGAUCUUCACUUAAGUGCAACAUCAUGCCGGAUUACAAGGUUUACUAUUUCAACGUAAAAGCUCUGGGCGAACCACUGCGGUUCCUGCUGUCUUACGGCAACCUUCCGUUCGAUGAUGUGAGGAUCACCCGCGAAGAAUGGCCAGCACUCAAGCCAACAAUGCCCAUGGGCCAGAUGCCGGUGUUGGAGGUCGAUGGUAAGCGUGUGCACCAAUCACUGGCAAUGUGCCGGUAUGUGGCCAAGCAGAUCAAUCUGGCCGGUGAUAAUCCGUUAGAGGCUCUGCAAAUCGAUGCCAUUGUCGAUACGAUCAAUGAUUUUCGUCUGAAAAUUGCGAUUGUCGCCUACGAACCGGACGAUAUGGUGAAGGAGAAAAAAAUGGUUACCCUGAACAACGAGGUGAUUCCGUUUUAUCUGACUAAGCUGAACGUGAUCGCCAAGGAGAACAAUGGCCACCUGGUGCUUGGCAAGCCGACCUGGGCUGAUGUUUAUUUUGCUGGUAUCCUAGACUAUCUAAACUACCUGACCAAGACAAAUCUGCUCGAGAACUUCCCGAACUUGCAGGAGGUGGUCCAGAAGGUGCUAGAUAAUGAGAAUGUCAAAGCUUACAUCGCUAAGAGACCCAUCACCGAAGUUUAGACGGAUGGUGUGAUUUGCCGAGAAGAGCAACUUUUAAAAUGCAAUCACCUUGAAUAUGAUUUUUUUUUCUUCUACUAUUUCUUAUGCUGUUGCAUCGGUCGUUGGUGUUCCGUUUGUUUUUGAUAUCAACGAAUAAUUUACCUACUGAUUUCAAAUUCUAUGCACUCGUGAUAACACAAAGGUUCUGGCGAGCGUUUUGCAUGACGUACUGCGAUUGAAAUUUCUGCUACGAAGGAUACGCUUUUUACUUAACCAUGAUUUACCAAUUUCAUCUCAUGCAUGUGUUCACACAAAACAUCAUAAGCUGUAAUAACAGUGGUUCUAGCAUUCACGCCUAAGCUAAGCUCGAUAAUGGAUAAGUAUGACAAUAAAUGGCGAUUCAGAACGGUUGAGAUGAUAUGAAAA